UACAUUCUUGAGCGGAAAAUGAUGGCGAUUAUCCCGACGCUUGAAGAGCCUGCGCUCGCUAUGGAUGGAGGUGGCCGUGAAAACUAACAACACUCGCGGGGAAAAGUUGUUUGCUUUGGACGAUCGCGACCUGUCUCGGCCCCUGGACGUUUUCAGACGUAGAAAAAAGCGAGUGCAUAAGGGUUGAGACUGUAAACUGGUGUAAUAUUCAAGCGUGAAAGAGCCACGUAGCUUAUACAGAUCCAGAUCACACACACACUGGCCUAGUGCUUUUAAAGCCUCCACACACAUAACGUUACACAUCAACCUGAAGAAGAGAAGUGAACGAGAAAAUAAGAUAUAAAAAGCGGAACGAGCUGUUGGAGCAAGCAGUGCCUCUCCUGUAGUGUGGAUGAGGGAGUCAUGGCAGACCACACCUCCCCACUGGAGUCCGGCCAGUUGCUCAGCCCAGACAUCCCAAUGCUCACCUCCCCGCCUCCACCGCCGCACCCGCCCAACAUCGUCAACGGAGAUGGACCACAACAGGUAAUCUUGGUGCAGGUAAACCCAGGAGAGGCCUUCACGAUCCAGCGAGAUGAUGGUCAGUUUCAGUGUAUCACAGGUCCUGCUCAGGUUCCCAUGAUGUCCCCAAACGGUUCAGUGCCUCAAAUCUAUGUGCCUCCUGGAUACGUUCAACAGAUCAUUGAGGAGAACGGAGUAAGGCGGGUGUUGGUCUUACCUCAGACGGAGUUUCAUCCGGGGGGCCAUUCCCCGCUUCACCACCCACCUCCUCCACCGCCCCACGCCCACUUGCAGGCCUUCAUCCCCCACCCGCACAUCAUGCACCCUCCCCCUCACCUGUACUCAGGCAUGGCUGGAGGAACCGGAGAUAUGAACCCCCAGUACAUCUCCCAGUACCAUCCAGCACACACGACCAUCUACUCAGAGCAGGAUACUCACCCUCCACAUGGACGUGCGGCAUUUGCUCACAGAGAUGAAAGGGCUAGCAAAACCUACGAGCGCCUGCAGAAGAAACUGAAAGAGAGGCAGGGGGUGGGCGGAGGGGGAGGUGGAGUCCUGGCCCUCUCCAAAGACAGUCCCCCUCCAUCCCCACAGAAGAGCCGCGGGACGCUGCCGUCAGGAGGAGAUCUCCAGAACGGGCUGGGGGGUAAGGGCGCAGAGGAGCAAGCACAGCUCAGCACUGCUGUCACCACCCUGGGCAAAAGUCCAGGGAGAGGGAAGGAGACAGAAUCUGGAGAACUGGAUGAAGAAGCAAAAGCUCUUCAGGAACGAUUAAACUCCAUCUGCAAGCCAGUGGUGACAGACAUCCAGGCCAAAGGGGCCAGUUUGAGUUGGGUGGCCCCAUCAAGGACCGAAGGUGACGAUGAGCCCAAAGAGGGAGAAGAAGGCCCUGCGGAGCCCAGCUUCACGUAUGAGGUCUCCGUCUCGUACAGUGGCAAGGAUGGGAAGUACAAGAGCGCCUACAGUGGUGUGGAACUAAGUGCAACCUUACAAGACUUAAGACCAGCAACAGACUACCAUGUGACAGACAUCCAGGCCAGAGGGGCCAGUUUGAGUUGGGUGGCCCCAUCAAGGACCGAAGGUGACGAUGAGCCCAAAGAGGGAGAAGAAGGCCCUGCGGAGCCCAGCUUCACGUAUGAGGUCUCCGUCUCGUACAGUGGCAAGGAUGGGAAGUACAAGAGCGCCUACAGUGGUGUGGAACUAAGUGCAACCUUACAAGACUUAAGACCAGCAACAGACUACCAUGUCAGGGUCCAGGCCAUGUGUAACUGUUUACAAGGCAUCCCUUCAGAGCCUGUGAGCUUCACCACUCUGAGCUGUGAGCCAGACAAGCCCAGCCCGCCACGCAAAGCCAGCGGCACCAAGAGCAGCCUUGUCCUGCAAUGGAAGGCUCCAUGUGACAACGGUUCCAAAAUCCAAAACUAUAUCCUUCAGUGGGAUGAGGGGAAGGGGAAGGAUGCGUUUGAACAGUGCUACUACGGCCCUCAGAAGCAGUACAGGCUCACCAAACUCUCCACAGCUUCCAGAUAUUCUUUUCGGCUGGCAGCCAAAAAUGACAUGGGGGUGAGUGAGUUCAGUGAAGGCGUCCACAUCAUGACAUCAUGCAGUGUGCCUGCGCCCCCCUUAAGCCCUGAGCUGAUUCAGUCCGGGGUCACAUGGCUCUGUGUGCGAUGGCAAAGGCCAGCCGGCUCGCCCAAAGAAGACGAAAUCAGCUAUGUGCUGGAGAUGGAAGAGGAGGGCUCAGGUUAUGGGUUCCAGGCCAGUUAUGAUGGUGACGAGCUGUCACACACUGCCAGAAACCUCCACAGGAGCACCACGUACAGGUUCAGGGUUGUCGCCUAUAAUGCAGAAGGGAAAAGUAACCCCAGCGGUGUGUCUGAGUUCACCACGGCCCCUGACAGACCAGGCUGCCCCUGCAGACUCGCAGUGAAGGGAAAACCUCACCCGACCAGUUUCCGUCUGACCUGGGAGCCUCCCAAAGACAGUGGCGGUUCAGAUGUGACAAAGUAUGUGGCGGAGCUGUCUGAAGGGUUAAGUGGUUCUUCUUGGAAUCAGGUGUACAGCGGUUCGGCUAUGGAGUGUGUUUGUGAUGGUCUGAGCCCAGGAUGUUCAUACCAGGCUAGAGUCCACUGCUUCAGUGCGGGAGGCGAGAGCCCAUUGAUGGAGCCCUUGCAGGUCCAAACACCACCUGUUCCUCCUGGUCCAUGUCAGCCACCCAGAGUUGUAGGCAAACCCAAAUCAAGAGAGGUGCAACUACGCUGGGCGCCCCCUCUGGUGGAUGGAGGUAGUGCAGUGUCUUCGUACAACGUGGAGAUGUUCACUCCCCAGAUGGACGAGGGCAGGGAAGUGUACCAGGGCUCUGAACUGGACUGCACAGUGGGAAGUUUACUGCCCGGCAGGACCUACGGCUUCCGGCUCAGAGCUGCCAACAAAGCUGGAUUUUGCUUAGGGCUACGCUGGGAGGCGCCGUGUGAUCACGGAUCAGAGAUCACGUCGUACCUGAUCGAUCUGGGUGAAAGACAACCCAUCCUUACUGGGCCCGUAACCAAAUACAUCAUCCAGAACCUGCAGCCCGACACCACCUACAGGAUAAGGAUCCAGGCUCUAAAUAGUCUGGGAGCAGGACCCUGUAGCCACACCUUUAAACUGAAGACCAAGCCACUGCCACCCCUCCCUCCACGUCUGGAGUGCACCGCUUCCAGUCACCAAACCCUCAGGCUCAAGUGGGGUGAAGGCCCAGCCAAGGCCCAACUCACCGAUUCCCUACAGUACCAUCUCCAAAUGGAGGAUAAAAGUGGGAGGUUUAUAUCCUUGUAUAAAGGACCCUGUCACACUCACAAAGUGCAGAGGCUAAAUGAGUCUACCUCGUACACGUUCUGCAUCCAGGCCUUUAACGAGGCGGGCGAGGGGCCCUUCUCCACUGUUUACACCUUCACCACCCCCCGCUCCCCACCUGCACCCCUGAAAGCUCCUCGUGUGGAGCGUGUGGACGAGUUGUGUGAGGUGAGCUGGGAGACACUGCCACCUAUGAAGGGAGAUCCAGCCAUCUACUGUUUGCAAAGCAUGCAGGGAAAUUCUGAGUUCAAACAGAUCUACAAGGGCUCAGCCACUUCCUACCAGCUCCCUAACCUGAGCUCAUCCACGGAGUACCGAUUUCGCGUCUGCGCCAUCCGGCAGUGCCAGGACGCCCCCGAAAUCAUCGGGCCCUACAGCUCCACCGUCAUCCUGCUCCCACCUCGCGUCGACAGCCCCGGGGUCUCCGGCACCACGGGAUCCAAAGCAGCCGAGGCCCAGAAGCCAAAACGCAGCAUGACGGACGAACAGUUUUCCUUCCUCAUCAUCGCCCUCUUGGCCGUGACAUCCAUCCUCAUCGCGGUUGCCAUCCAGUACUUCGUGAUCGAAUGAGCCUCGGCCCUGCGUUACAUCAUCAAAACGAGUUUGUUUGUUGAUGUUUGUUUUUCUUUCUUUCUUUUUCGUUCCGGCACCAGCGUCGAGGAGCCGCGUGAAGGGAAGGAUUGAGAAAAGGAAGUUGUAGAAUCACUUCACCCAAUCUAUUGAUCUAUCUUUCCGCUGUCCCUUCUGAGCAUGCUAUCGAAAGAACGCCGUUCCCUCCGUGGGACUCGGAGGGCGAUUUAAUGAAGGAUCAGCAGUGAAGCUUACCGCUCAUCGCAUACUCAUCGUACCACUUCAUUUAUUUGUGUAGCUGUAGUCUUUGUUAUUUAAACGUAUAAUUUCAAUUGUAAACUGUUGAGUGUCAGUUUCGUUCAAAGCUAGCUCGGUGGUCACGCCGCUCA